AUGGCCUCCCUUCACAAAUUCAAGCUCCUCGCCACUCAAUGUGCAGUAGCCGGAAGCCCUACGCAAAGUCCCACUACCAGCCCUGUAAUCCACCUCCGCCGCCGCAAGACACUCCGCAUGCUUCUCUCUCGCUCCGCUGACCAUCACCGCCGCCGGCUUCCCCGCCGUGAUGAACAGCCCGAGCUCCAGAAAGAUUCGCCGGAAAAGAAGAAAGUUAGAAGGAAAUUGAAGGACUUGUUCGUUUCGUCGCCACCUUUUGAAGAUAAAGAGAAGGAUAAUCCGGAUGGUGCUGAUGGUGAAGUAGAAUUGUUAACCGUUACCGAUAGUGAUGAUGGCAGUGGUGGUGGUAGCGCUGGAAGUUUUGGAGGUGGAGGUUUGGCUGCUCGGCGCGGUGGAGGUGGCUCGCUGAGACCAGUAACGGCGGCUAUGGAAAGUGGGUGCAGUGUCAAGUCGGCGCAUUUUAGCAUGAGUGAGCAUUUGGACGAUAACGGACGAUGA